AUGGACUCAAACAAAGAUCAUAAUUCUCCAAAAGAGCCAUCCUUGACACGGCUAAAUUCUCAUAAGGAGGCCAGCUUUGACUUAUUGCAGCCAGACAGCAAUGCAGAAGUUGAAUUGCAAAGAGUGAUUUACAAAUGUCUAAAACGGAUUGGAGAAUAUCAUCAAAGGGAAAGUGAAUCAUCCAAGGAUGUUCAAAAAAUAUACAGAGAUUGCGUACAGGAAUAUCUUCACUUGAAGAAACAUCCAGCCUUAGCAUCCAUCUUGAAAAGGAGAACUCUAGAGGACAGUGUGAAUGACCUAGAACAUAAAUUGGAAUCAUCCAAGAAGGUAAAGGAUCUACUGAAUGAAGAAUAUCAACAAAUAAGGCAGUAUCGAAGGGACAUGGAAACGUUAAACACAAGCUUAUCCGAACGGCUGAAGCAGCAAGACACGAUUAGUAGAAAAGGGAAGAAAAGCUUUAUAAACAAAAAAAUACUUCAAGAAAAAGAUGAUGUUUCCAAGUCCUCUAUGGAACUUUUCACCUUCCUUAAUGAAUUCCUGGACAACCAUUACAGGGAACUUUUAGAAGGGCCCUGGUCUAAGGGAAAUUUAAGUGCUAAUGAACGGAAACAGAGAGCAACUAUUGAUAAAUUUGCCAAUGUUAAUCAGCUCGAGGAAUUGGAAGAGUUGAAACAUGUUCUAGAAGAACUAAUGAACCAAGCUACUUCUUCUAGUCCUUCCUUUACAAAAGUUACAAAUGAAAAAAUCCUAAACUUUUUACUUCGGUCUUCGCUGUGUACUUUUGAUCCGCGUGAUCCUUCAUUAUUGAAAUUUAUACCUUUUGCCGACGAGUUUUAA